AACUGUGACGGUUCACUAUAUGGAACAAGACUAAACUAAAAAUCUACAUCUAGUGUCAUAGCUAGUACUCCCUAAAAAAAAGUUAUUUAAUAAAAAACUGUGACGGUUCACUUUAUGGAACAAGACUAGUAUAAAAAUCUACAUCUAGUGUCAUAGUACUCCCUAAAUAAAGUUGUUAAAAUACGGAAUGUCUGGAAAGGAACUGCCUAAAACCAUCCGGAAGCUUGUGGCAACACGCGCAAGCCCCAAAUUUCGGGAGGUAGUAUCUAUUGUGACAGAGCCUACCCCAAAACCCGGUGAUGGAGAAGUGCUGGUCAAAAACAGAUUUGUUGGCAUAAAUGCAUCAGAUAUCAAUUUCACUGCUGCCAGGUAUAACCCAGAUGCCAAGUUUCCAAUGGAAAUAGGUUUUGAGGCUGUGGCAGAAGUAGUGGCCGCUGGACCAAAUGCACUUUACAAACCUGGCCAAGCUGUAAUGUAUAUGCAGUAUGGGGCUUUCAGUGAGUAUAAGCUGAUGAAGGACAAGCUCUUGGUUCCGCUACCCAAGUUAAAGGCAGAAUAUCUUCCUUUCAUACUUAGUGGAAACACAGCAGCAAUAUCUCUGGAUAAGGUUGGUCACAUUAAGUCUGGUGAAACAGUGCUGAUUACUGCUGCAGCUGGAGGUACUGGACAAAUUGCUGUUCAGUGGGCCAAACUGAAAGGAUGUCAUGUGAUUGGGACAUGCUCUUCUGAAGAUAAGAUGAAAUUUCUGAAGGAAAUUGGUUGUGAUAGACCCGUCAAUUAUAAAACAGAAAAUCUGAGAGAGGUUUUGAAAAAAGAAUAUCCAAAAGGGGUAGAUGUUGUGUACGAGACGAUUGGAGGGGAUAUGUUUGAUACAUGUGUUGAAAAUUUGGCAUUACAUGGACGCCUGAUCAUAAUAGGUUAUAUUGAAGGGUAUGAGUCAGACAAGGGAUAUAAACCAGCUAGCACACUGACAACAUUGCCUUCCAUGCUCUUGCGAAAGUCAGCUAGUGUUGGAGGAUUCUUCCUGCCACAAUUUGCUGAAGAUUCUGCACCAUAUGUUAUGAAGCAGAUACAGUAUUACAAUGAGGGAAAACUGAAAAGUUUCGUUGAUCUUGGACAGAAAGCAUCAGCAGGGCCGUUCAAUGGACUGGAGAAAAUUGUUGAUGCUGUUGAGCACUUGUAUUCCAAGAAGAGUAUAGGAAAAAUUAUAGUAGAUCUCAACCCUAAAAAGUGAAGCUGGAUUCCACUGGACCAAAGAAUUUAUCAGCACUGUGAUAACAUUUAUUAGAGUUAUUGAAACAGGGUAUUACAGUUAAUAACUAUGGUGUUAUUACAAUGCCAUUUAAAUAUACAUGUAGUUUCAUUCUCCAAAAUGUUGCUCUGGCAGACCAAGUACAUUGUGUCAAAUUAAAUAUGCCAUUAUAUAUAAGCUUGAACACAUACUGUAUACUCGAACUUGUAAAUGAAAGAAUGUUUAAAAUUAAAUUAUAAUGCACUGUGAAAUCAUUAUUGAUGGGGGUGGGGGAGGGUAUUGUGAAAUUUAAAUUCAUGGGUAUAAACUUUUGUGGCAAAAAUUACCAUUUCUUGCAGACAUGAAUUCAUGGGUUUCAAAUUUUGCAGAUUGGUAGGUUUGUUUGUUCACUGGGAUUAAAUUUUGCAGGUUGAUGCAGCCAUGAAAUCCACAAAAAUAAGUCACUCAUAUAUAUUAGGAUUUUGUAGUACAUUUCAAGCAGAUAAUUACAAUUAAAUCUGAACAAAAAGUAUUAUUUCUGCUAAUUUACCAUGAAAUCUUUUGAGUUUGUGUGUUUAACCCUUAGCCCACUGGUGGCAAGUGUUUUUGCCUUUGCAAACCAGUGCAGACCAAGAUCAGCCUGCACAUCUGUGCCGUCUGAUCAUGGUCUGCACUGUUUGCCAUUCAGUCAGUAUCUUUUUGGUAAGCACCCCUUUUAAACAGUUAAUGGUACUGUCCAAAUUGAAAAAUUGACAAGUUCGUUAUAGAAAUUUAGCAGGGUAAGGGUUAAAAUGUUGUGGUUUUGUCCAUAAAGGCUAUUUCAUUAGGAUAGGAAUUUAUGGAUUUCGACUUACCAAGAUAAAAGAAUGUGAACUUUGCUUGUUGACUGAGAUUCAAUUUCGUGGAUCGAGGCAGCUACAAAAUCUAUUGAAAUUAGUCCCCAACAAAUAUGCAUGUUUCACAGUACAUCAUCAUAAAAUUAUAGGCUGCACCAAUCACUAAAUUUUGUGCAAAGUAAAUAAAAUGAUUUCACAGUAUACUUGCCAUCAUUGAAAACUUGCCAGAAUUUUUGGUUUAAAAAUAUACAUUAAUUUCAUAUUUUUAAAACUCAAAUAUUAGAUAUAUAACAUAUGUUUAGUUGUAUAUUGCAGUAUUUUUUGAAGAAUA